AUGACAGCUGUACAGCGAUUUAACGCACUCACCAAAGCAGAAGGGCUUCUCAAGGAGUCUGAGCUUGCACAAAUUUUCGACGAGCUCCCUCCUGUUUCUCCAGAAGCUAUGACAGGCAAGUGGAAUGGAGGCAGCUUUGACAGUGGCCAUCCUGUCCACAAGCUGCUUCAAACUUUUAAAUGGGCAGGGAAAGAAUUCCGCUCCGUUGACGAUAUCGACCCGAUUGUGAUCUUCGACGAAAAUGGGGAGCGAAAGUGGCUAUCCGAGUAUGGACAUGCAAGACUGCGUGAAGUUAAGUUUCGGGGAGUUGUAUCUGCCGCCUUGGUAUACGACAAAGUUGCCAUUAUCGACUCGUUUCGUCGGGUUUCGGACAACGUGCUGAUGGGAACUAUGGACGCCAGGGACUGGCCGGAUGCUGGCAUCUACUACUUUUACAUCACCAAGUUUGAAGAAUUGUGA